CCCGCGUCCCCUCAAGCCUCCGUUUUCUAUGAGGACGCAAUCAGCUGUUUCUCCACAAACAUCAAUUUCCUUUACGUUCAAGGAGGCUUUUUUCCCAUUUUAAAGUCCAAUGUCUUCUGCGGCAAGUGAAGUGCAGUCACCUGUCGACAAAGAAAAUGGCUCUUUGCCGCAGAGUGAAGAAAAACUUUGUGAUCUGCCUUCAUCCGCGACCCCAGAGGAGAGAAUCGAGCAUAAACUGGCGAAGGCAGUGGGCUUCAAGCAAAAGGGAAAUGACCACUUCAAGCAGCAGCAGUUGAAGAAGGCCAUAAGGAAUUAUCAUAGUGGACUCAUGUAUAUGAAGGCAGUGGAUCAGGACAUGAAUCCAAAUAAACAUUUUGGCCAAAGUCGCGCUGCCCCAAAGCUACCCCAAGAGACGAAAGAUGCUGUGAUGAUGAUAACUGCUGAUCUGCACAACAAUUUAGCAGCAUGCUUAUUAAAGCAAGAACCUGUAAGGUACGAGAGAGUGGUUGAGUGUUGCAAGCAAGUGACCGAGUUCCAGCCCAAGAACGUGAAGGGUUGGUACCGCCUUGGGCUCGCUCAGUUCCACCUCCGAGACUACGAUGCGGCAAAAGAGGCCCUAAAAGAAGCUAAUGCAAUAUCUGAAGGCAAAGACACAGCAGUACGAAAAUUGAUGCUCCAAGUAGACCAGGAACUAAGGAAAGAAAACAAGAAAUUCAGUGACAUGUUUAAGAACAGUCUUUUGGUGAAGCAGUCUUGACAAUAAUGUUGUUAAAAGUCCAAUAACCAUGUAUAAUUCCCUUGCAUCUCGUAAGGUCUUGAAUGUCAUGCCUAUAGAAAUAAGUUGUUUUUUUUCCUUCCAAACUUUAAGCAGUGUUGUUUUUGUUGUGUUUCAUUGGUGAUGUAUGUGGAUGGGUACAAGAAUUAUUUUUCCUGUGAAAGAAAUUAUGUGAUGUUAGCUAGUGAAAAGAAGUGGAUUGCGUUAUCUUGCAAAAUAUGACAUAUGUUUUACUGAUGCAGUACAAACAAUAGGCCCACUAAGAAUUAUGGACAAUGAUUCUUCAGAUAUCAGAACAGUAUAUGGUACUCAGGAACUAUAGUGUAACUGCAUGUUUAAUCAAAAUCAGUUUUUUUGUUUUUUUUCAUAAUUGUUUAAUUCACUUUUGUUAGCUAGGGUGAUGAGAUUGCAGCAUUAUUUUCAUUUUUAGAUAUGCAUUGUUGGUUUAUUAAUAUUUUAUUUUUUUAUGAUUGUAAUACUGGUAUGCAUUGCUUGACAACAGUGUAUUUCAAUAUGUAACAGUUAACAGAUGUGAAUAGUAUACUUGGCAUUUGUUUAUUCUGUUUUUUUGUUUUAUGUAUUCAUUUAUUAACAUUUCAGUAUUUUGCUUAAGACUGUGAUUCAAAGUCAUUAUAGAAAUGUACCCAAUAUUUUCCAUUGACUCGGCUUAAUAACUGACUGAUCUGGAGAAACAAAUUUGUGAUAUU